GGUGGGGGGUGGGGGUGGGAAAGAGAGGGCAGCUCGCCAGAGGAGGCUUGCUGGGGGAAAGGAGCGGAGGGCGUCGACGCUGCUGCUGCUGCUGUGCUGCGAGCCACCCUCCCUCCCCUUUCUUCCAUUGCCGCCGCCAGCGCGCUGUUGCAAGCGAGGGAGAGAGAGAGACGCCUCCUUGGCUCGGGCUGGCCGGCCGCUGCGCUCCUCCCGUUUGGCACCCGGAGGGCCGGAGAAGCCAGGAAGCCGGUGGGAGGUGGUGGAGAGAGGCGCGGGGGCGCCUUUGCAAACCUUGCUGCCGUUGCAGGGAAGGGACGCCGGCCGAGGGGCUGCCGUCGUCGUUGACGCGGGUUUCCCAGGCGAACCACUGUUGAAGGGUCCAUCAUGUCUGACAGAAAGGCUGUGAUCAAAAAUGCUGACAUGUCCGAGGACAUGCAGCAGGAUGCUGUCGAUUGUGCUACGCAGGCCAUGGAGAAGUACAAUAUAGAGAAGGAUAUUGCAGCAUACAUCAAGAAGGAAUUUGACAAGAAAUACAACCCCACCUGGCACUGCAUCGUGGGCAGGAACUUCGGUAGCUAUGUAACGCAUGAGACGAAGCACUUCAUUUACUUCUACUUGGGCCAAGUGGCGAUUCUUCUCUUCAAAUCCGGCUAGGGGUUCAGGCCAGCGCCUGUGGGGGUCACGGCUGGUGAGGAACAUGGACUGUAGCACUAAAGACAGGCUCCAGCUCUUUAACCAUGGCUGCGCCACUGCAUGGACUCGAUACUAUAUUUAAUGUGUAUAUGUUGCCGUAAAAAAUACCUACAAUUCUCAUUUCUUUCUCUGUUUUGGGGGGAUUGCCUAGGAGAAGAAAGGCAGCGUAUUAUCCCCUCUUCCUCCUCCUCUUCUUUUAUCUUUUUUUUCCCCCUUUUAUGUUCCUGCUUCUUAUUUUUUCUGUUCUUUUGCACUAGGAGAACUGUAAAAUGCUUCAACAAUGGCCUUUAAGUGAGAAGAAGAAAUGAAAUGAAAUAAUACAAUAAAAUAAGAAACUUCAAUUCCACAAAACAAAUCUUUGGGUUUAACUUUCUUGCAGAAGGCUGGAGGUCUAACCCUAGCAGAGGAAAGAAAAAAAUAAAAACUCUUGUUAGGUGUAGAAUCUGUCGUCAAAGUUAACUAAAUUAUUUUUAAAUUCCUGUCAAAAGCUUCCUCUUCCCAAAAUGGCACUAUUGUCCCAUGAAGUCGCCUUAAAAGUGAUUGGAGGCAGCCCUGGGUGUGCGCGUGUAUCUGUGUGUUGUCUUGGCCCAGUUUUCUUUGCUUUUCUUGGACUCGCCCGUGCUGCCUCCAACACAAAUUGAGCAAAACAAAGCUGAUACGGAUUUGCAAAAUGCGUGAUAUCCUCUUUGAGGAGACAGACACCCCCACCCCACCCCCCCCAGAAUCGGCUGGCCUGGUCUGUUAUCGGCAUUUCCAAAGCAUUUUUCAAAUGAAAGAUGUCUACUCUUGUGUGUCCAAGAUUCUGUCGUGAUGCCCAAUGGUUGUGAUCAGGAUUUUCUAUGCCCCUGUUUUUUGAGUCCGUACAGUAUUGCCUUAUUGUAGCUCACGUCCUCUCGUUGUGCAGGGAAGAUCCUGUCCGAAAUCAGUGGCUUAAAUGUUGCUGUGCUUUAAAUGUCUCCAGUAAAGAUGGAUAGACCAUCAUCUUAGAGGCUGAACCCCAGUCUCUCUUCUGUUGGCUUUCUAUUCUGGUCCCCUUUUGACCCAACAAAAGGAGGGGUCAACAGGAGCAGCUCUGUACCCUAACCAGCUCCUGAACGUGCAAGAAAAGGUCGUUUCUGGGCUUUCUUAGCUUCCUUAGUCUAUGGUUGUACAGGAAUACUUCUAAGUUCUGUUGCAACAAUAAAAAUAAAAUAAAAUGGGAUUUUUUUCUUUUUUCUUUUUGCAAAGGUUCCAUACGAAAUGCAGUGAUAGCUUUAACAUCUCUGGUUGCUUUUCGCAGUUCAAAGAGCCUAUAGAAAUUCUUGGGUGGGUGGAGAGGGAAAAGAGUUCUCUUAAAAACAAAGGGGAGUGAAGAAGAAGCAAGACUUUUAUUGAAGGAGCACUUUUAACUCCUGGAUUCAUGGAGAUUCUCGGUCAUCCAGGCCAUGGUGGUCCCAAAAUUGCUUUUUCAAAAGGCAAGUGGACUUCCUUAGUUCUUUUUCCUUCGAAAAGCUUUCCCUUCUCAUCCAAGAACUGAAGAAGCUUCUUGGAUGACAAGCAAAACGUCUUCAAGGAAAAAAACAAAAGUCCAAUUAAUUGCCUUUUGAAAAAAAAAAGCCCCAUGGGAUGAAAUGUGAAAAUAUGGCCCCUGUCUUCCCAUUCGAUACCCAGAGGUUAUUGGUUAGAGAAAUAGGGCAGUCACCCCUCAUUUAUAGGGGAAGAGGGCUGUGUCUGAAAGAACAGGACAGAUCCAAAUCAAAAGGAAAAACCUGCGCUGUGGGCCGAAUCCAAAGCAAACCAAAAAAAACCCCCACAGGCUCUCUGUAGAAACUGUUUCCUGAAACAAAACAAAUGUUAAAAAGUUGGAAUGGCUGUUGUGUUGAAUGUUUAUCGAUAACUUUUUUUCCCAUCCAAGAGGCAGGGAGGCAGUGGCAAAGUAAGUGCCUGGGGUCCUACAGAAAACACCGCCCUUCAUUGGAAAUAAAAAUGAGAAGAUUUGUCUUGUUUCUUUAAUUCUGUGCAUGAGUCUAACUGUGAAUAAGCUCAACUUAAGUCAUGGAGGGCGAGAAACUUUAAAUCCUUUCCAUCCUAACCGCAGUUGCUCAGACUAACCCUUUUUAUUUUUCAAAAACAUUAAAAUCAAAUUGACACAUUUAAGAA